UGGUUCUGCCUGGAACAACUGAGCUUUUGGUAGCCGUGAUUGUAUGCUCAGCGAGGCUACUUAGUCCUCUUACAUAUCUGAAGGUAGUUCUUGAAAGAACAACUCUGUUCUUUUUUUAUUUUGUCGCCGCUCAUCUCUCACUCCGCCAUCUAUUCAUAUUGUUCACUCACCACGACGAGCCCACCAAAACCAUGAGCCCCAUCCAGACCGAGGCCGACAACAAAGGCCUCGUAAUCGCAGGAACUGCCAUCGCGACUGCGGCGUUGUUCUCGGUCUUCCGUGCCUAUUUGUGGCCGACGCCCCCGAGGAUUGAUCGCUCCCCUCUUCGCACCGUCCUGCCCAGGUUAUCUCCAGAUGAGCUUGAGAACCUCGAGUACAAGCCAGACGACCUUCCCGGCGGAAGAGAUGUCGAAACACCGUAUGGCUCCAUCCGGGUGUACGAAUGGGGCCCGUUAACCGGCGAGAAGGUUCUCUUCGUCCAUGGCAUCAGCACCUCGUGCCUGACCCUGACCAAGCUCGCCGACGCGCUGGUCCGGGAUAAAGGCUGCCGCGUCAUGCUGUUCGACCUCUUCGGGCGCGGCUUCUCCGACAACCCGUCCGACCUGCCGCACGAUGCGCGCCUCUACACGACCCAGAUACUCAUGGCGCUGGCCUCGUCCCCGGGCCUGUCCUGGACUGGGCCCCAAGCCUUCAAGCUGGUAGGCUACUCCCUAGGCGGCGGCAUUGCCGUCCACUUCGCGGCCUCCUUUCCGCACCUGGUCUCCUCGCUCGUGCUGCUCGCGCCCGCGGGGCUAAUCCGCCCGGAAUCGUUCGGCGUCCUCACCCGCGCCGUCUUCACCUCCGGUCUGGUCCCACCACGCUUGCUGGCCUGGAUCACCCGCCACCGGCUCAAAAAGCCCAUCCGCUCCAGCGGCAAGCGCGGGAACAACAGCAGCCCCCUCCCCGCAUCCAACAAUCACGACGCCACAUCAACAACAACAACAACAACAACAACAACAACAACAACAACAACAACAACAACAACCGCGAAACCAGAUCCCGUAGCCGCCUCGCUCUCCGAAACCACCCCCCUCCUCCCGGGCUCCUCAACCCCGUCAGAGCCGCGCAACGCGCUCGAACAGCGCGUGUUGCGCGCCGUGCACUGGCAGCUAGCGCACCACACGGGCUUCGUGCCGGCCUUCAUGUCGUGCAUCCGCGACGGCCCGAUGAUGGGGCAGCACGCCGUGUGGCGCAAGCUAGCCGACCGCGCACCGGGCACGACCGCCAUAAUCCUGGGCGAGGGCGACGAGAUCAUCGACCCGGAGGAGUACGCCGCCGACGCGCUGCCGCUGCUGGGCGGGCGGGAGAACGUGCGGUGGGUGCUGGUGCCGGGCGGCCACGAUUUCCCCAUGACCUUUGCGGAGGAGGCGCUGGGGGAGGUCUACAAGGCUUGGGGGUGGGCCUGAAGUCAUGUUUAG